AUGGCAUCCUCUUGGCUUCCAUCCCCCUGGAGAAGUCAUCGAGAAAGAAGAGUCGACCCAGAAAGGACAGCCGACGAGCUGGUGCGCAAAUACUACACGAUCAAUCAACAAAGCACCACUGAUAUCCUCCGCGAAAUUCUCGGAAGCCCGGAACAGGCAUCGCUUCUCUUCAGCGCGCUUCGACGCCAGGUCUCUCUGAUCAAGUGCCGCUCACAGGCUUUCGAGGAUGGUCAGAUAACCACCUACGACCGGGCGCUCCUGAAGCUCAGCAGAAAUGGAGAGAAUUUGACUGACACCGGUGCACUUGAGCUUUAUCUAACUGAAUUUCUCGGCAUUGUUCCUAUCUCGCCUACAUCUCAAAGUAGAGCUAUACUAGCUAAACAGCUCGAGCUGGAAAAUGUACUGAGCAGAGCUUCCACCCAUGGUACUACGCCGGAGAUAGUUAUCGGUCAUAAGUUGCAGCCUGAGACAUUGUUUGUUGACCAGGCACCUUUUAACCCUGAACAUGAACCCAGGGAUCACAACGAUCAUCACUACGUGGAACAGACCGAUUUGAAGACCAGUUCGAAAAGACACACACAGCAAGUUUUCGACCGAGUUGAUAGGCUUUUGGAUGUUUACCACCGCGCCAAGGAUGAGUACUACAAAGCUUUGCAAACGGAGGGGUUUGUUGGCAUCGAGGCAGUUCGUUUUCUUCGAGACACAGCCGAAAAUGUUCUUCGCUAUCUUCAUUCAAACGGACUGUCAGACCAUACCUCUGUCCCGGAUGUAGAGCAGGUCUUCCUGAUUGCCAGGGAUAAGGCGACACAGCUUACGGGUGGUCGAAAGAGGCAUUUCGAUGAAGGAAAUGACCCUUAG